AUGGUUAAGAACGGCUCUUACUACGAUUUUGUGGUCGUCGGCGGCGGUACGGCAGGUAACACCGUCGCCGGUCGUCUGGCAGAGAACCCCAAUGUUACCGUCCUUAUCGUAGAAGCGGGCGUUGGAAAUCCUCUGGAAGUCGAGGAAAUUACUACGCCUUCUUCCGCCAUGGACCUUCGAAACAGCAAGCACGAUUGGGCGUACAAAACUACAAUGGUCAAGCGCGAUGAUUACGAGCGGAUCGAAAAGCCCAACACCCGUGGCAAAGCGCUCGGUGGCAGUUCGUCCCUGAAUUAUUUUACCUGGGUCCCCGGCUGCAAGCCGACCUUCGAUAUGUGGGAGGAAUAUGGCGGCAAGGAAUGGACCUGGGAUCCCCUUGUCCCCUACCUCCGGAGAAGCGCAACCUACCAUGACGACCGUGGUCUUUACGAGACCGACUUGUCCAAGAUUGGAGCAGGCGGCCCUAUUCACAUCUCCCAUGCUGAGCUUCUUGACGAGAUGGAGCCCUUCCGUGACGCUGUCACCAAGGCUUGGACCUCCCGUGGCCACCCUCUUACCGAAAACAUCUACGACGGUGAAAUGAUCGGUCUCACCCACUGCUGCGACAGUAUCUACAAGGGCGUGCGGUCUGGAAGUUUCCUCUUCGUGCAGGACAAACCUAAUAUCACCAUCCUUCCUCAGGUUCACUCGAAGAAGCUGAUUAUCGACGAGGCAGACCGCGUCUGCAAGGGUGUGACUGUCACCGACCCUUCGGGCAACGAGCUCAAAUUCUAUGCCAGCCGUGAGGUCAUCCUGUCCCAAGGUGUCUUUGAGACCCCGAAACUGCUCAUGCUGAGUGGCGUUGGUCCCUCUCGCGAGCUGGCAAAGCAUGGCAUUGACACGGUCAUUGACUCGCGCCACGUUGGUCAGCAUCUCAUUGACCACCCCGGUGUGCCCUUCGUGCUUCGUGUUAAAGAUGGCUAUGGCAUGGAUGACCACCUGCUGCGCAAAGGCCCUCAGAACGAUGCCACAAUUCAGGCCUACAAGAAAAACCGCACGGGCCCUGCUGCCUCUGGACUCCUGGAGCUCGUCGGCUUCCCGCGAAUUGAUGACUAUCUCGAGAAGGACGAGGAGUACCGCAAGGCCAAGGCUGCCAACGGCGGCAAGGACCCAUUCUCGCCAUACGGACAGCCCCAUUUCGAACUUGAUUUUGUUUGCAUGUUUGGCAGUGCCUUCCAGUGGCACUACCCUGUCCCCAAGCAGGGCAACUACCUCACCGUCGUUGUGGACCUGGUCCGUCCGAUCUCUGAGCCUGGAGAAGUGACUUUGAACAGUGCCGAUCCUCUAGUCCAGCCAAACAUCAACCUCAACUUCUUCGCCAAUGACCUCGACAUCAUCGCCAUGCGUGAAGGGAUUCGAUUCAGCUACGACGUCCUGACCAAGGGUGACGGCUUCAAGGACCUGGUCGUUGACGAAUACCCCUGGGAAAUGCCGCUCGACUCGGACGAGGAAAUGAAGCGCGCGGUCUUGGACCGGUGCCAGACUGCAUUCCACCCUUGCGGUACUGCCCGGCUGUCGAAAAACAUCGAGCAGGGUGUCGUUGAUCCCAAGUUGAAGGUACACGGCAUCAAGAACCUUCGCAUUGCGGACGCCUCUGUUGUCCCUGUAAUUCCAGAUUGCCGGAUUCAGAACUCGAUCUACAUGAUUGGUGAAAAGUGUGCGGACCUUCUCAAGGCAGACCACAAGGAUCUCUUCAAAUAA